UCAACUAAUCCAUUCUUUUCCUCUAGCAAGUAGUACUAGUACCCAACUUCUCCAAAUAAGUGAGGGAAUUCUAGUAAUGGAGAGCAAGCAUAUGCAGAAGAAAGCCUGGCAUUGCUUAUAUGCAUUGUCCCUGAUCUUUCUCUUCUCCAAUGCGCGUGCUUCUGACUACGCAGAAGCUCUCACCAAGUCUCUUCUAUACUUCGAGGCACAACGCUCUGGUCGUCUGCCUUACAACCAAAGAGUUCCCUGGCGUGACCAUUCCGGUCUAACUGAUGGCCUAGAACAAGGAGCUGAUUUAGUUGGAGGGUACUACGAUGCUGGUGACCAUGUAAAAUUCGGAUUGCCUAUGGCAUUUACGGUCACAAUGUUGUCGUGGGGUGUCAUUGAAUAUGGCAAAGAGAUGGCUAGUGCCGGAGAAUUGGAGCAUGCCUUGGAGGCUAUCAAGUGGGGAACUGAUUACUUCAUGAAAGCUCACACUAGUCCAAAUGUGUUAUGGGCAGAGGUAGGUGAUGGAGACACGGAUCACUACUGCUGGCAGAGACCGGAGGACAUGACAACCUCACGACAGGCCUACAAGAUAGACGAAACCAAUCCAGGCUCGGAUCUGGCAGGCGAGACCGCUGCAGCAAUGGCAGCAGCCUCAAUUGUGUUCAAAAAAACUAACCCACAUUACUCUCAUAUAUUACUGCACCACGCUCAACAGGUGUUUGAAUUUGGAGACAAGUAUAGAGGCAAAUAUGACAGGAGUGUGGGAGUAGUGAAGAGUUACUAUGCAUCAGUGAGUGGGUACAUGGAUGAGUUAUUAUGGGGAGCCAUUUGGUUAUACAAAGCCACCGACAGAGAGGAGUAUAUAAAUUAUGUCAUUAACAAGGCUCAUUCAUUUGGUGGCAUUGGAUGGGCUAUUACUGAAUUUAGCUGGGAUGUUAAAUUUGCUGGUAUACAAAUUCUUGCUUCCAAGCUACUCUCUGAAGAAAAGCACAAAAACUAUGGGGGCAUACUUGAGGAAUACAGAUCAAAAGCCGAGUUCUACAUCUGUUCAUGCCUAAACAAAAACAAUGGCAUCAACAACAUUGACCGGACCAAUGGUGGCCUAUUGUUCACACGCCAGUGGAACAACAUGCAAUAUGUAUCAUCUGCGUCUUUUCUUCUAACAGUCUACUCGGAUUUUCUUGCAAAUUUAAACCAACACCUGAGUUGCCCGAGAGGAAAUGCCUCACCAGGGGAACUUUUGGCUCUAGCCAAAUCUCAGGUCGAUUAUAUUUUAGGCUUGAACCCCAAAAACAUCAGUUACUUGGUGGGAUAUGGUUUAAACUAUCCGACCAAAGUGCACCACAGGGGUGCAUCAAUUGUCUCGUAUAGAGAAAAGAAAGGGUUCAUUGGGUGCACUCAGGGGUAUGACGAGUGGUACAGUCACAACGGGUCAAAUCCCAACGUUCUAGUUGGAGCUCUGGUGGGAGGCCCUGACCGAGACGAUGAGUUUCUUGAUGAUAGAGGAAAUUAUGUGCAAACUGAGGCAUGUACAUAUAACACAGCCCCCCUUGUUGGGGUUCUUGCAAAGUUGAAUCAAUUGUAUGGUUUGCAGUUGAUUGGUUCUUAUUAGAUAUUUAGAGAUGCAGAUGUAGUAGGAAUUUAGGAUGUUCUAAUAUCAGGGUGAAAAACCUACUAGCUGAGUAUCAUCAAUUUGCAUUUUUGUACUACCAUGUAAUAUGAAAGCAUAAUAUAGUGCUUUACACAUACCACAGCAGAAUACAUUGGUCCAUCUCUUUAACACAUCUUAUAUCUGAGACUGAGAGACU